GAGCGGGGAUGAUUGACAGCGGGGCCCGGCCCGGGAGACACGUUGUCUGCGGGGGACGGUCAGGCCACGCUGAGUCUCCUGAGUCCGGAACCAAGGAAGCCGGGUAGAGGCCAAGACUCUGGAACUCACUUCCAGCGCACCAGUUCAGAACGGAGCCGGUGGUGGUGGUUUUGCUGCUCCCUCUCCCCGCCACAAAUGCUGUCCAAGUCGGUGAUCAUGGAUUACUUUGCCCAGCCAGGCUCGCUCAGCCUGCUAGCUGGGGUUGCGUGUGGCAUGUGCUUGGGCUGGGGUCUCGGCGUUUGCUUGGGGACCAGAGCCCCGAGCCCUGCCAACAAGACGCGCCCGGAGACCCCGACCGAAGCAAACGUCAUGGGGGAGAGCGGGGAAUUUAAGAUGAUCCUCGUGGUCCGCAACGACCUGAAGAUGGGCAAGGGGAAGGCGGCCGCCCAGUGCGCUCACGCGGCCGUCUCCGCCUACAAGCAACUCCAGAGGAGAAACCCUGAGUUGCUGAAAGAGUGGGAAUAUUGCGGCCAGCCCAAAGUGGUGGUCAGGGCCCCGGACGAGGAGACGCUGGCUGAACUAUUAACUCACGCCAAACUGCUGGGGCUGACUGUGAGUUUAAUCCAGGACGCGGGCCGUACUCAAAUAGAACCGGGAUCCAGGACUGUCCUGGGAAUUGGCCCGGGCCCCGCAGACUUGAUCGACAAAGUAACUGGUCACUUAAAGCUUUACUGAGCUGCAUUUUUGACGGCGGUGAUAAUUCACGGGUGUGGGGGUGGGUCACCUCUGUAAUAGUCUAACAAUAAAAGCCGCACUGCUUCUUUCUCUUACCCAA